AUGAAAUAGUGGGAGAAACAAUAAAGUUAGAAAUUAUAUGAAAAAAGAAUUCAACUUGCCAAAGCUCAAGUGCCUAUCUCAAAUAAAAAAAAAUCAACUAAAGUAAAUGAAUCAAUGAACUCUAUUAAUUCAUCCAUUUCAGGAUUCACAAACAAAGAAAAAGAAGACAAAGAAUCUAUCCCUUUAUACAAAAUGUUGAAAAUAUAUCAAUUAUAGCAAUAUGCAUAACAACUGAUAACAAGAGGAUAUGGGUAUGAUUUAGUUAAAUUUGCAAUGCUUACAGAAAAUGAAGUUGAUCAUCUGUUCAACGAUAUCAAAGUGUUGCCAGGUCACAAAGUUAAACUUCUGAAACUUAUAGAAUAUAUUAAAGAAAUCAUUAAAACAAGUUUACCAACUCCUUUGAAUUAAUCUAAAUUUCGAAACACAAGCUAUGCAAAAAAAAAUAGCAAAACUAUAACGCAAUAGAAACCUAAAACGAGUCAAACAUAAAGAAUAAAACCUUAAUAAUAAUAAUAGCAAGUCUUUAACAAAUAAAAGCAAAUGAAGAUCACUAAGAUAGGCUUUGAUUUUUUCUAAGAAGACAGUGAUUAUGACGAUGAAUUCAAUUAAGCCUUGAAUUAGAUAAUGGAAAAAUAUAAAGGAGAUGCAACUACUAUUGUUAAUUCUAAUAAUUAGACUCUAUAAAAUCAAUAUAGUAAACCAAUAUUAACAAGAACUAAUAAUUUUCUAUAGCCAACAGCAGGACCCAUUCUAUGUGAUAGCAGCAGAGCACACACAAAAUAAUAAGCCAAAGAUGACAUUAUUCUUAUUAGCAAAGUUCAAAAUGAUAAAUUGAUUACAGAAAUUAAGGAGAACAAGUACUAUAAAAUUUUCAUUUUUAAGGUUGAUAAAGAAUUUAGAAAAACAAUUAAACCAAAAAAGAAGAAAAAAUAAUUAUGAAGAAGAUGAUCAUCUGCCAGAUUUACAAAUGUCAUAAAUUAGACACAUGUAUUUAUCAUAUGAUACUGGAAAAUUGACUUCAACUCUUGUGAAUUUGGAUAUUGAAGAAAUGAGUAAUUGUUUAGCUUGGGCUAUUUUGAAGCAUAUUCAAUUUAGUAAAAGGAAUAAUUAUUCAAUGAUGAAAAAUUCUAGCAUUCCUUUUUCCAUGGAUUUUAGAUUUCGCGGAACAGGUAUGAAUUACUAAGAUACUUCUCAAAAUCCCAUUGAAGAGCCAACUCAAUUGCAUCUCUAUAGUGAAUAAUAGUAACAAUAAAUGGGAUUAUUUUAAUCGUAAUAGAUCUAAAAAUUAGACAAAACCAAUUUAAGCAAUAAAUAGAAUAAAACUUUAGCCUAAAUAAGUGAGAAAACCUUAAGCAAGGAUGAAAAUGAGUUCGAUAUUAAAAGGUAGGAAAUAAAAGAAAUAUUGAAGGAAAGCUUUCUUCAUUAAUAAAAAUUUGAAAAUGAUGAAAAUGAUGAUUAUUCGUAAAAUGAAUAAGAUUACGAUGUCUGUUCGGAAGAAGAAGUUGACCAUUAAAAUUUAAAUCAGAAUGAAUAAUAAAAUGAAGACGAAUCCUUUAGUCCUAUAAAACCGAAAUAUAUGAUACAACAGCAAAAAUAAAUGGUUCGAGUGAAUAAUAUCUCUGAAGAAUCUUUACAGCAUAUUGAGGAUUCUCAAAAAAUCUACAAUUAUUCUCAAAGUAUGCCUUGCUAAGAUUAAUAAUCCUUGUUCUAAUCAAAAUUUGAUUUUAUUGAAAUGGAAGAGGAUGAUAAAGAGAUUAAAAUUUAAUACUAAAGGAUAUAUUUUGAUGCAAAAACUGAAUAAGUAGUACCAACUGCUGAAGUUGUAAGUAAUUAUUGUAAAAAUAUUAUCAUUACAUCAAAAAUGGAAAAAGAGGUAACUAUCCUCUGUCUUGUAUAUAUUGAAAGAUUAUUAACCUAAGCAAAUAUAAGUCUAGAACCACAAACUUGGAGAAGAGUAGUGUUAAUCUCAUUAGUAUUAUCCUUAUUCUAUUCUAGAUUAUUGCAUCAAAAAUUUGGGAUGAUGAAUCUUUUGAAAAUGACAACUUUGCUAAAGUAUUUCCUCAAUAUCGAACAAAAGACAUUAAUGAAAUGGAAAGAAUAUUUCUUAUCUUAUUAGAUUAUAGACUCCAGGUGUAUCCUGCAGAAUAUGCAAAAUACUAUUUUAUUUUGAGAAUGUACACUGAAAGCAAAAAGAAAAGCUUUCCAUUACGUCCAUUAGAUUUAAAUACUAUAAUGAAAUUAUAAAGAUAAUCUAAUUAAGCUGAAUGUGGACUGAAAUAAAAAUACGCAUAGAGUUUAAAUAAAUCUUUUUGA